GUUAUCCAAGAAAGAAAGCAUGGGAAUUAGUCUUUCGCCGAAAAGCAUAAAUCCACAUGGAGAAUUCAAGAUGGAUCAGCAACUGGAGAAGACGAAGAAGAGUCCGUGGGUGGAAGAACAAGGACCCAACUACCAUAAACGCAGCGUACGAAGGGACCACAAGCCUUCUCAACAGUGUAUUGUAUUGUGUAUAAAUGAUUUUGGCUCCGUUCUCUUUCAUCAGCAGAGCAAAAGAUGAGCUCAAUCACCGCCGCACACUUCCCUUCUCCCCUCAGGCCACAUGAAUCCGCGGCGAUUCCCACAUCGAAACUUCCACAGAAAACAAUUUUGAAGUUUUUCGACACCAAAUCCGUCACUUCUCUGCAAUAUCUGAGCCAAGUUCAUGGACUUGUAUUGAGAAGCGGCCAUUUCCAAGACCAUUAUGUCUCUGGCGCGUUGCUCAAGUGUUACGCCAAUCCCCAUUUCAGCAAUUUGGACUUCGCUUUGAAGGUAUUCUCCUCCAUCCCAAAUCCCAACGUUUUCAUUUGGAAUAUUGUGAUUAAAGGGUGUGUAGAGAACAACAAACCGUUUGAGGCUAUUUACUUCUAUGGUAGGAUGGUUACCGAUGCUAGGCCCAAUAAAUUCACGUACCCAACUCUGUUCAAAGCUUGUUCUGUGACGCAAGCAGAUCAAGAAGGGAGGCAAAUCCAUGGCCAUGUGGUGAGACAUGGCCUUGGCAGCGAUAUGCAUAUCAGAAGCGCUGGAAUUCAAAUGUAUGCCUCUUUUGGCAGCUUAGAAGAUGCAUUCCAACUUUUUGAUAACGGUGAAUCUGAUGUUGUCUGUUGGAACACAAUGAUUGAUGGGUACAUGAAAUUUGGGGAUUUGGAAGCUGCAAAAGGAUUGUUUGAGCGAAUGCCAACCAGAAAUACUGGCUCAUGGAAUGUUAUGAUCAAUGGUUUUGCUAAGGGUGGGAAGUUGGACGAUGCAAGGAAGGUGUUUGAUGAAAUGAGUGAAAGAGAUGAAAUUACCUGGAGCUCUAUGGUAGAUGGUUACGUAUCAGCAGGUUGUUACAAGGAAGCAUUGGAGAUUUUUCAUCAGAUGCAAAGAGAGAAGAUUGGGCCUGGAAGAUUCAUUUUGUCCAGUGUUUUAGCUGCUUGUUCCAGUAUUGGAGCCGUUGAUCAGGGGAGGUGGGUUCAUGCUUAUCUCAAGAGGAACUCCAUUAAACUGGAUGCAGUGUUGGGGACUGCCUUGUUGGAUAUGUACGCAAAAUGUGGGCGGCUGGACAUGGCAUGGGAGGUGUUUGAAGAAGUGGAAGAAAGAGAGGUCUUCACCUGGAAUGCCAUGAUUGGUGGGCUUGCUAUACAUGGAAGAGCAGAGGAUGCACUUGAGCUUUUCUCUAAGAUGCAGAAGGGGAGGCUGAAACCGAAUGGAAUCACGCUUGUUGGUGUCCUAAGUGCUUGUGCUCAUGCAGGCCUUGUCGACAAAGGCCUGAGAAUUUUUGAGAAUAUGAAAGAGUUUUAUGGCAUUGAGCCUGAAAUGGAACACUAUGGAUGUGUGGUCGAUUUGCUAGGGAGGUCAGGGUUGUUUUCUGAAGCAGAGGUUUUAAUAAGCUCAAUGCCCAUGAAGCCCAAUGCAGCUGUUUGGGGAGCACUCUUGGGUGCCUGCAAGAUUCAUGGAAAUGUGGAAUUGGCUGAGAGAGUGGGGACGAUUUUGCUUGAAUUAGAGCCACAUAACAGUGGCCGAUAUGCGUUACUGUCGAACAUAUAUGCGAAGGCAGGGAGGUUUGAUGAUGUUGCUAAAAUACGAAAGAAGAUGAAGGAAAGAGGGAUAAAAACAUUACCUGGUGUCAGCACGGUUGAUCUGAAUGGUACAGUUCACGAAUUCAAAAUGGGCGACGGAUCGCAUCCGCUAAUGAAGGAAAUUUAUAGCAUGCUAGAAAAGAUAAAAGAGAGGCUGCAGAUGGCAGGUUAUUCACCUGAUACAUCUCAAGUUUUAUUUGAUAUUGAAGAGGAAGAGAAGGAAUCUGCAUUACAAUACCACAGUGAAAAGCUUGCAAUUGCUUUCGGAUUGAUUAAUACCUUGCCGGGUAAAACCAUUCACAUAGUGAAGAACUUGAGGGUCUGUGACGAUUGCCAUUUGGCCAUGAAGCUCAUUUCUCAAAUUUAUAAUCGAGAAAUAAUUGUGAGGGACCGUGUUCGUUAUCACCAUUUCCGAAACGGAACUUGCUCAUGCAGAGAUUUUUGGUGAUCUAUGACUCCAAAACAGUGUAAACACUCAAUAUCCGAGGAGGCAUCUUAAGCACAGAAGCCUGUAGUUCAAAACUAAAUAUAAGAACCAAGUCAAGAUUCAGAUUACGUUUGAAUUUUCCAGUCUGUGUUUAAAGUAGACAGCUGAAUAUACAGACUCAGUGCAACCAACUUCCCCUAGGCAUAGAUAAGUACACAUCCUCAUCCAUCUAUAUCCUUAAAAAUAUAUAAUAUUAUUUUUGAAAGUUCUAAACCAAAGUAAAUCAUUAGUUUUAUUUGAUAUGAAGAGGAUCGCAUCUGCAAAUGCGACCUGAGCCUUAUUACACAUACCUUGCUUUAAAGUUGUAGUUCCCAGUACCUGCUUGUGUUGCCUCACAGUCUAUUGAAUUAUAAGAAGUUUACAUACAGGUAUUAAAGCAUAGCUAACCAAACACUGUUCCAUGAUAUUACAAAAAUUUUCUAGGUUGACAAUUGCGAGUGUGUCUAAGCCAAACCGAUUGAAGGGGGAACAUAAAUCGAAGGCUUUGCUCGUCCACUCUAAUGAUUGUUUUUAUGAUAGCGAUCAAGUGGAGUGCAUGAGCCACUUUAGAGAUUGGGGUGAGUACUACCCAAGCUUGUAAGUCCAGUACAAAACGAGGUUGUCCAUGAGCGUUAGAGACGGGUGAACAACAUACUUAAUCUAUUCCCUCCCCACGUCCACUAGCCCUCCUGUCCCAAGCAAAGAGAAGGCCAAGAACUGGACCAGCUCUUCGGUUUCGAUCUUUGCUAGAUGCCUUCCCGCUUGCAGGUUGAUCACUUGGCUUCAGCACAUUAGUUGCACCACUGCUAAUCCCAACUUUCUUUGGCUUCACCUCCUCUUAAAUGUAUCAUUUUUCAGAGCAUGGUAGCAACACAACAGGAAGUAGAAGAACCAGCUCAACCUUCUUCAACCUAUACUUCACAAUUUGAAUCCAAGAAUGAAGGGAUUGUAAUACACGAAAUGGCGAUAGAUAUAUCUAUUAACUAUAAGCGAACAUGUGUUGCUCGCUUUGGCAUAUCUACUUUCCUUCUUUGUUAUUCAUACAUGAUGGAGAAUUCUACACAACUGAAGCAGUGAAUGUAUGCUUAUAAAAUCAAUGCUAAAGUUUGAACUAUGACAUACUAUUAAUCUACCUUUUGUUUCUGAUCUUGUAA